CUGGCGCCUGCUGGGGAAUCAAAAUAGGAAGCAGAGCAAAGCUUUGGUGUUUUGCAGCGGUCGGGGCAGGACUCUCACUAGAAUCUGUGGCAUGCCUCUGGGUUCCGCCGGCGCGGAGGACGCCUGAGGAUGGGCCCUUCUUAGCCCCCGCGGCCGCGAGCGUUAGUGCGCCCCGCUUCCCCGCACCGGCGAGCAGGGUGGAGCCGCGGCGCUCGGCCCGGCGGCUGCGGGAUCUCGUCUCGCUCUUCCGCUUGCAGGUGCGCCCGGGAAAGGCGGGACGUGCAGGAGGGGGGCGCCCGCCAUGCCCGGCCCGCAGCUCCCCGUCGCGGCCUCCAGCCCGCCGCCCCCGCGAAACGGCCGCCCGCAACCCCUGUGAGGAGGAAGAAGAGGCGGCGGCGGCGAAGGCGCCGCCCCCUUGGCGAGCUUCGCGACCUGGCGGCCUCCGCAGGACCCAUGGCGGAUUCCUCGCCCGCGCUGUCUCUGCGGGAAGGCGGCCCCCGGGCGGCCCGGCCCUCGGCCCCUUCGCCGCCGCCGCGCUCGCGCUCGGGCUCCGAGUCCGAGGAGGCCGAGCUGUCGCUGAGCCUGGCCCGCACCAAGACCCGUUCGUACGGCAGCACGGCCAGCGUGCGGGCGCCGCUGGGCGCCGGCGUCAUCGAGCGCCAUGUGGAGCACCGGGUCCGCGCCGGCGAUACGCUGCAGGGCAUCGCGCUCAAGUACGGAGUCACGAUGGAGCAGAUUAAAAGGGCAAAUAAACUGUUUACCAAUGAUUGUAUAUUUCUGAAGAAAACUUUGAACAUCCCAGUUACAUCAGAGAAACCUUUGUUGUUUAAUGGACUUAACUCAAUAGAUUCUCCAGAAAAUGAAACUGUUGGUAGCAGUUUUUCUCACGAAGAAGAGCCGGUAGCAGCGGGGGAAGACCUUUCUCCUCCCAGUCCUCAAGAAUCUGAUGUUCAGCCUGUACAGCCUGAAGAAGUGUCAGCUAGAGAUUUCCUGCAGAGACUAGACAUGCAGAUUAAGAUGUCAACGCAGGCAGCCAAGAAACUAAAAGAAGAGAGCAGAGAUGAAGAAAGCCCCUAUGCAACUUCACUCUAUCACAGUUAGAUGAUUGGGGUGAUAAUCUAACCUGGAUUAAGAGAUCGUUGGAUCAUAAAGAAACCAACAACCGAAG